CUUUUUAAAAAAUAAUACAUUUUUGUGUAGCGAAAAAUAUUUAAUGAAAGUAUUAAAUCAAAUGAAAAAAAUAUGAAAUCUAUAUUAAAAUGUAUAUAUGUAAUUUUAUUUUUGAUAUUAAUAGCUUCUAGUUCGGCAUUAUUUAUUUUAGUUGCAUCUGAAAGUAUGCAAAAUAUUCAAAAGACUUCAAAUAGGGAAAUUAAAGGCCAAGAAUUAAACACAAAAGAAAAUUUGUUGCGUGAAAAUCUUGUGGAAUCAGAAAGCGUAUCUUGUGAUAAAGAAGACUCUAAAAUUAAUAAAAAUUUUCCAACUAAUUCGGAUGAAAGCUCUGAUGUAUUAAAUGGAAAUGUAGUGAAAAUAGGGGAAGAAAUAAAUUAUCUUGGACCCGAUGAAACAAUAAAUUCUCCAGAGAUAUUACAUAAACAAGAGACUGUAGACUCUGACGGAGUAAAUGAACCCUAUCGAACACAGUUGAAUGUACUAGAUAGUAACAUAAAGAUUGAAAUAAACACUACUACUAAACACACAAAAAGUAAUACUGUAUCGUCAUCAUUUGAAGAAAAAAAAAUGAAUUCUUUCAUAAAUUUAGAUGAAUCUUAUAACGAUCCACCAAUAGCGCGAGAUAUACCUCCAGAUAAAAUGGAUCAAAAUAUAAUUGAUGAAGACGAAAGCCUCGUAAUAGCACCUAUUAUAAGUGAAGAGCAUCAAUCAACUUUGGAAGAAUCUACAACAUUGUCCGAGGAUAUAAAGACGAAAAAAUCUGAAACAACUUUAAAACAGAAUAUUACUGAAGAAAAACCGAUCCCAGUUUUUUCAGAAUGGGCUCAAAAACAAAUGGAAGAAGCUGAAAAAAAGUUAGAAAAGGAUGCUGGUAAUACCUCAUCAAUGAAAAAGAAUAUUACAAACGGAAAUAAGCCAGCUCCAAAUUUAUUAAAAUUACGAGUUAAAAAUUAUGCAUCGCCAGAUUGUGGUGCUAAAAUAAUAACAUCCAAUUUCGAAGCUCAAAAUACUGGAGCUUUACUAACUUCAUCAAAAGAUGAAUAUAUGUUAAGUCCAUGUACAAGUCGAAUUUGGUUUGUAGUUGAACUGUGUGAAGCUAUACAAGCAAAACAAAUUGAUUUUGCAAACUUUGAGUUAUUUUCAUCAUCUCCAAAAAAUUUUACUGUCAGUGUUAGUAAUAGAUUUCCAACAAGAGAUUGGUCAAAUGUAGGUCGGUUUAUUGCAGAAGAUACAAGAAACAUUCAAAGUUUCGAUUUAUUUCCACAUUUGUUUGGGAAAUAUGUUAGGGUUGACGUACAUUCCCAUUAUAAUUCAGAACAUUUUUGUCCAAUAUCUUUGUUGCGGGUUUAUGGUACUUCAGAGUUUGAGGCUUUUGAUUCUGAAAAUCGAAACCCAUACGAAGAUAUUGAUGAUGUUGAUGAUGACAUCGUUCAAGUGGAAAUUAAUAAAAAGGAAGAUAAUAAUUUAUUUAAAUCUGCUAGUGAUGCUGUUAUGUCAAUUGUUAAAAAGGCUGCGCAAGUUUUAACGAAAGAAAAACCCAAUCGAAUAGAAUUUCACGAAGAUAAUAACAUUUUAUGUUUUACUCCGAUAAUUAAGAGGUUCGAGUGCUCGAAUUGCAGUCAAAUAACAAUAGAUAACGUCAACUAUGUGUUGUCAUGUAAAUUUAAAGAACUUAUACAACUGUUAAGUAUUAGAAUCAUCUUAGAUCAUCUUAUUAGAUCAGAAAUAUGUUUUGAUACAUUCGGUGUUGAUGUAAGUUUUUCUAGAAAAUUAUAUUUUCAAAAUUUAAGCAAAAAUCUAUCAAUUUCUCCGAAUUUGCACAAAUCUUUAAAUUUGAAAGACUCUAAAUAUAAAAAAACCAAUUUACAAUUUCAUGAUGAGUUAAAUGAAAAUUUUUUUCAUGAAAAUGAAUACUUGAUAGACGAAAAAGAAAGUUAUUAUUUGAAUAGCAUUAACUUAGAUUAUUUAGGAGCAAUGUGCCAUAUUUUAAAAUAUCAAACUUUAGCCGAUUUUAAUUUCGAUAAAAAUUUACUGAAUUUUUCUAAUAGAGAAACACCUUUAAACAUAACAGUAGAGAAAGUAGUACAUGAACAGAAUCAUAUUUCAAAUGAAAAGAUCGAUGAAGAAAUAAAUCAUGAUUAUAAUGAGCAGCAAGAAAUAGAAAAAAAUUCAGACAAAAUAGUCUCUGAAAAUGGUAAUAAAGUAGAAAAUUCAAAUGAAAUCAGUAGCAAUGAAAUAAGGAUUUCUUUGGAAAAUCCUAAAGAAUCAAAUAUUGAAAUGGUAAACACUAUAGAUGAUACAUCGAGUGAAAUUUCUGACUCAACUGUACUGGAAGGAGUUAACAUUUUUAAUCUCAUUGACGACAGCAUACCAGAGGAAGAUAAUUUAGAAACGUAUUCGGAAGAUAUUAGCAAAGAAAAAUCUGACCCCUCUGAAUAUAAACUGCAAUUAAAAUCAGAAGAAAUACAUGAAAGCACUACGACACCUAUUCCAUCAAUAAUUCCAAGUAAGAUUAAAAAUGAUGAUGAUUCGCAAUGGGAGACAGAAGAACGGCUUUUUAAUGAACAUUUAACUAAUGAUAUCAAUCUUAAUAUUAAUUCAGUAGGAUCAAACCUAGUAGCAAAUCAACAUAAAUCUACUCAACACACAGAAAGUGUUUUUACGAGACUAUCCAAUAGAAUUAAAGCUCUCGAACGUAAUAUGUCAUUAUCAGGGCAAUAUUUGGAAGAGUUAAGUAGACGUUAUAAAAAGCAGGUGGAAGAGUUGCAAACAUCAUUUUCAAAAACAUUAACUGCAAUUGAAGAUCAAAACCGUAGAUUUACUGAAUUAGAAUUAUUACUCCAAAAACAAAAUACAGCACUUCAAUCAAAUUUAGAUGAACUAAAUGUAAAAUUACAUUUUUGGAUGUUUGUUUUAAUAAUUGUUACAACAAUCGGAUUAAUUUAUAUUUUAACAUCAUUUUAUUCUGUUACAUUAAUUGGUAGAAGACAAAAAUCUCUAUAUAAGAAAUUUGAAGAAAGUAAUUCAAAUCGAAAAGAAAAUGAAAAAUUAAAACGAAGAAAAUCAACGGAUGGUGUAUCGAGAAAUUCCAAUUUAGCAAAUAAAAAAAUUCGAAGACCUAGUGAGGAGGCUAUGAAAAUAAAUGGUAGUUAUAAAGAUUUAAUGAUUGAUGAUCAAAAUAUGCGUAGUGACAAUUCAAUUGAAAAUAUAAAUAGUUGCGAGGAAUAUGAAAAUUAUAGUGAGAACAGUAAUUGUAAUAAUAGAAUUAAAUCAAAUGUUAGAAAUCGUAAAUUAUCAAUUUGUUAUUCAAAAGAUAAUCAACCGAUUAUAAAAAAACAUUCAUUACCAAUUAUUUGUAACAAUAAUAUAUUAGAACAAAAUUAUAAAGAAUUUAAUAAAUUUUCAAAAAUAUUUUAUGAUGCAAGCAAUAAAAUGAAUGGUCAAAGUAAUAAUAGUAGUGAUAAUAACUAUUGUGAUGAAUUAGAAAAUGAAACAAUUCCAGAAGAAUUAAUUGUUGUUGAUGAUGAAACAGAUCAAAUUUCAUCAUGUAAUUCUGGUUAUGAAUAUAUUUCAAAUAAAAAUAAUGAUGAAAAAUCGAAAAAUAAUAUUGAAAAAUUAAAAAAACUCAACAAUAAUAAUAACAACAAUAAACCAAAGAAAUCUGAUACAUCAGUUAAAAUAAGAAGAUUAUCAUCACCAAGCUUUCUUAAAUCACCAUUUAACAAAAAAACUACAACUGAAUCAACUGGUUGGGAAUGGAUACGUAAUGGUAGUAAUAAAAAUCGGCAAAAGAAAAUAACAAUACAAGAUAAUUCAAAUAAUAAAGAAUAUUUUAAAUAUGUUUUAAAUAAUUCAUUAGAUAGCGAACGUGAUAUAAUUGUUGAAAGAAAUCCAUCCCCAAACUCAACUGUUUCUGAGCAAAUAAUAUUUCAUAAUAGUAUAAAUAAUAGUGAAAACGAUUCAUUACGUACAACAAAUUCAGAAGAUUCUUCAUUGCAAGCUAGUAUUGAGGGUACAAGCAGUAGUUUACAACACAAUAUGCCAGAAUCAUCAUCAUCAGCAGCAGCAACAAAUAAAGAAAAUAAUGAUCGAUAUUAACUGAAAAACAAUGUGCUUUUCUAAUGAAAACUCUGAAGUAUUUUGCACUACAGGCAAAGACUGUUGUGUUGAUUCACAAAAAUGCUUUUCAAAAACACUUGCCAUGAUUGAGCAGCGAUUUACGGAAUUGCAAGCGACAUUUGAUAAGCAGAAUAAUAUUCUAAAAGAAGACUUAAAUGACGUUCAUUUAAAAUUACAGCUAAUAAUGUCAAUAUUGAUUAUUGUAACUGCAGUUUUUUUAGUUUAUAUUCUUAUAACAUUCUACAUUUCGUCACUUAUAUAUCAACAAAAAUUUUCUUUAAUUGAACCUUUAAACAAA